AUGAGCACCUCACAGCCUACCAGACACUCCGCUGUCAGCGCUGACCAGCCCCCAAUGGAGCCACCUCCCGCUUACGAACAAGUAGCUCAGACUCAAACUCAAAACCCGCCGCGAUCCCGACAAGGGGACGUCAACUCGAAGGGCUGCCUUGUCGAUGCGCCUAUACCACUUCAAUUUGCCUACGCAUGCGCUGUAUCGCCCGCCCUCCUGGUCUCAGGGUGCUACAGUGAGUUCGAGGACAACUGCCGUAGGUCUCGAGGGCCUUAA